UCCAAUCCAAUCCAAUAUCAGCAAAAAAUGUUUGCGGUCGCCGUGCUCGACGCUCGUGCUCGGUCGGGUUGAUUCAGAUAUGCUACUUGCAUUUUAGGAGUUUCUCGAAAGUUUCUCGGGCUUCGCAGUCACUGUCUUGGACAACGAUGUGUUCAAGAGUAUUGUCAACAGCCAAGGUCAUCAACGCGGCCCUCAGACGGGUGUCCAGGGAUACAACUGGACUUAAUGCCGCCACGAAUCAGCACUUGCGGAACCGGGCUCCCUAUGCUCUCCAGCUUCGGGCAUGCUCACAGAGCCUCGUUAAGCAAGAUGCUGCUCAAGUUAAAACUGGGCAGACGAUGGAAGAGGAGGAGGAGCUGGACAAGCUCUUCAAGUAUGUGGAGGUGGAGGUCAGAGGUCAUGACCCCGCUGUGCUACGCAGCUACAAGUGGUACGCCAUGGAGGCAGCAAAGAUGCUCAACAUCACGGUGUCCAAUACCUGGGAACCCAAGAAGGUGCACCACAGGCUGACACUGCUCAAGGCACCCUUUGGCAAGAAGAAGCACAUGGUGCAGUACGAGGCGAGGACAUACUUCCAGGUCAUCCAGUUGAAGCACCUGACCGGGUCGACGGCCGACACCUACCUGGAGUACGUGCAGCGUAACCUGCCCGAAGGCGUCGCAAUGAAGGUGACCAAGACCUCGCUGGAGAGGCUCCCGGAUUAUAUUAAACCACCGACGCAAGCUGAGAGCAGUGAGAGGUCUUCGACUGAAGCAUCAUAGCAAGCAAGGAUCAUUUAUGUGUAUUAAACAAAGUUAGGUUUUAUCUGUA